AUGCUCAUUCAAGUACAGGAGAGCCCACACGAACACCAGCAGAAUCUACUACUGUCGCGCAUCAUCACAAACGUCGAAAAAUUAAAUGAAGCCAUUGUCGUCAUGAACAAGAGCCUCCAGGAGAUUAAUGUUCAAAACAUGAACGUGGAGCUUGUCGCUCAGAUGUUUAAGAACUACCAGUCCAAUGUCCUCUUUCAUCUUGAAGCCACGGAUAACCUCAAGCCUCCUUCAUAAGGUGAUAAUGUAAAGGUCUUUGGUGUUUACGGUAUGACAUUUUGCUGGUGGUUAUAGAGGGAAAGCAGAGCUGCGUUCAAGAUAUCAACAUGUGUACGAUGAAUAUGAAUUAAAAAAAUGAAAUAAAAAAAAUCCCUCUAAAUGGGAGAAUAUACGUUAAAGAUUCUACAUAAAAUCGGCAUU